GUUUCCUUCUCGGUUUCUGGCUCAGCCUUUUCUCUCUCCCAUCCCAUCUGUAUAAUUCGUGGUCCUGUUUUUCCCUCCUCCUCUUUUUGCUCUUUUCCUUCAUCCCCUCGCUUCCAUCUGUUUCUCGAACACCUAUUCCCUAGAUUCUCUUCUUUGUCCUCUUAUUCAUCUCAUGGAAGAUAAUACUGCUGCGCCUGCCGCCAAUGCCUUCACUUUCUACUGCCUUGUUUUCGAUCAUAGUGGUGGAAUCUAAAGAAGGGGCGAUUUCUGUGGCUUCUGCUUUUGCCGGUUUCCAGGAAGCUGUACAGGAUAGAGACCACAAGUUCUUAGCAAAAGCAGUGGAAGAAGCGUAUAAAGGGGUCGAAUGUGGCGAUGGAGGUCCAUUUGGCGCUGUCGUUGUUCGAAAUGAUGACGUUGUUGUAGGCUGUCAUAAUAUGGUUUUAAGAAACACUGACCCCACCGCUCAUGCUGAGGUUACUGCCAUUAGAGAGGCUUGUAGAAAGUUAAAUCAAAUUGAGCUCUCUGACUGUGAAAUAUAUGCAUCAUGUGAGCCUUGUCCAAUGUGCUUUGGAGCAAUUCAUCUGUCAAGAAUUAAGCGGUUGGUGUAUGGAGCCAAAGCAGAAGCUGCGAUAGCAAUUGGAUUCGAUGACUUCAUUGCAGACGCACUGAGGGGAACCGGAAUUUAUCAGAAAGCUCACCUGGAGAUCAAAAAGGCCGACGGCACCGGUGCCGUCAUUGCAGAACAGGUCUUUGAGAAGACCAAGGCAAAGUUCACUCUUUACUGAUUGUUUUUCCUUCUGGACUAUGAAAACAACUUGUAAUUCCUUCAGGGAGGUUUCUGUUUCUGACAAAUAUUAGUUUGAUGAAUCUUUGAUUUCAAGAAAUAAAAUAUUUACCAAGAGUUGGAAGUA